AUGGGUCGGGAAUCGCGACAUUACAGGAAACGCUCGGCGUCUCCUCGGCGAUCCGGUAGCCGCUCGAGAAGUCGUUCUCCGGAUAAACGCUCCAAGAAGGACGACCGGGACCGAAGCCGGAGGGAGAGGUCUCGGAGCCGGGACAGACGUAGAACUCGCUCUCGAUCCCGGGACAGGAAGCGCCACUGUAUUAUGCGCAGGCGCUCCAGGAGCAGAGAGAGGAGGAGGUCCAGAAGCCGUGAACGGAAGAAGUCCGGAAGCAAGGGCCGGACGAGGAGGUCGCGCUCGGCCAGUCCUGGCAAAAGCAAGAAAACCGAUGAAAAGUCAAAGAGUAGAGAGAAAGAAAAUGUUGAUAUUGCAUCUGACAAAAAAAAGAUUAAGGAGGAGAAGGAAGAGGAGAAAGUUGAUGAUGUAAGUGACUUUGACCAGAACAAACUGGAGGAGGAGAUGAGGAAGCGGAAGGAGCGUGUAGAGAAGUGGCGCGAGGAGCAGCGCAAGAAGGCCAUCGAGAACAUCGGCGAGAUCAAGAAGGAGCUGGAGGAGAUGAAACAGGGCAAGAAGUGGAGCCUGGAGGACGACGACGACGACGACGAUGACACGCCCGAUGGAGAAGGCAAAGGAGAGCCCAAGGAGGGCGAGGAGGAUGACGUUGACCCGCUUGACGCCUACAUGGAGGAAGUGAAGCAGGAGGUGAAGAAGUUCAACAUGGGAGGCGUGAAAGGAAACGACGCGAAAGGAGCAACGGUCACCAAAGUUGUGACGGUGGUUAAAACCAAAAAAGGACCUCAGACUCAUAAGAAGAAGGGCGAGUUGAUGGAGAAUGACCAGGAUGCAAUGGAGUACUCAUCAGAGGAGGAGGAAGUGGACCUCCAGACAGCGCUGACUGGCUUUCAGACCAAGCAGAGGAAGAUCCUGGAGCCCGUGGACCACGGCAAGAUCCAAUACGAGCCUUACCGCAAGAACUUUUAUGUGGAGGUGCCCGAUCUGGCCAGGAUGUCCGUCGACGAGGUGAACGCGUACCGGAGUGAACUGGAGGGGAUUACGGUGAAAGGGAAGGGAUGCCCUAAGCCAAUCAAAACGUGGGUGCAAUGCGGCGUCUCCAUGAAGAUCCUCACUGCCCUCAAGAAGCAAGGUUACGAGAAGCCCACCCCUAUCCAGGCCCAAGCCAUCCCCGCCAUCAUGUCGGGCCGAGACCUUAUCGGUAUCGCUAAAACGGGCAGUGGCAAAACUAUUGCCUUCUUGCUGCCCAUGUUCAGACACAUCAUGGACCAGAGACCCCUGGAAGAGUCUGAGGGACCCAUUUCUGUGAUCAUGACGCCCACCAGAGAGCUGGCCUUGCAGAUCACCAAGGAGUGCAAGAAGUUCUCCAAAUCGCUGGGACUCAAUGUGGUGUGCGUCUACGGGGGCACGGGGAUCAGUGAACAGAUUGCCGAGCUGAAGCGAGGAGCCGAGAUUAUUGUGUGCACGCCGGGGAGAAUGAUUGACAUGUUGGGUGCUAACAGCGGUCGCGUCACUAACCUACGCAGAGCUACGUACGUGGUGCUAGACGAAGCUGACCGGAUGUUCGACAUGGGCUUCGAGCCGCAGGUCAUGCGCAUCGUGGACAACGUUCGUCCGGACAGGCAGACGGUGAUGUUCUCUGCUACCUUUCCCAGAGCAAUGGAGGCGCUGGCUCGCCGGAUCCUGGCUAAACCCCUGGAGAUCCAGGUGGGCGGACGCAGCGUGGUUUGCUCCGACGUCGAGCAGCAUGUGCUGGUGAUUGAGGAAGACCAAAAGUUCUUGAAGCUGCUGGAAAUACUUGGCCACUAUCAGGAGAAGGGCUCAGUCAUCAUCUUCGUCGACAAGCAGGAACACGCCGAUGGCCUCCUCAAAGACCUGAUGAAGGCCUCGUACCCGUGCAUGUCCCUGCAUGGAGGCAUUGACCAGUACGACAGAGACAGCAUCAUCAACGACUUCAAGAAUGGUGCUUGCCGCCUGAUGGUGGCCACGUCUGUUGCGGCGCGAGGGCUGGAUGUCAAGCAGCUCAUCCUGGUGGUCAACUACAACUGCCCUAACCAUUACGAGGACUACGUGCACAGGGCCGGACGCACAGGCAGAGCGGGCAACAAGGGCUACGCCUACACAUUCAUCACGGAGGACCAGGUCCGAUAUGCUGGCGACAUCAUCAAAGCCUUGGAGCUGUCCGGUUCCCCUGUCCCGGCCGCCUUGGAACAGCUGUGGGCCUCAUUCAAAGAUCAGCAGAAAGCGGAGGGCAAGACCAUCAAGAGCAGUAGCGGCUUCUCGGGCAAAGGCUUCAAGUUCGACGAGACCGAGCACGCUUUGGCCAACGAGAGGAAGAAGCUCCAAAAGGCCGCGCUCGGUUUGCAGGAUUCUGAUGACGAGGACGGAGCACUGGAUAUUGAGGAGCAGAUUGAGAGCAUGUUCAACUCCAAGAAGCGGGUGAAGGACCUGAUGGCUCCCGGAGCGGCAGCGGGCGCGGGGGGUUCGUCUGGAGCUUCCGCGGGCUCGCUUAGCGGGCUCUCGGGCCUGGGGCCCACGUCUGCCGGAAACAUCCAGAAGCUGGAGAUGGCUAAGCGACUGGCACUCAAGAUCAAUGCCCAGAAGAACCUAGGAGCGGAAGCUCAAGAUGUGAUGCAGCAGGCCACCAACGCCAUUCUGCGAGGCGGCACCAUCCUGACGCCCUCGGUUUCGGCCAAGACCAUUGCUGAGCAGCUGGCCGAGAAGAUCAACGCCAAGCUCAACUACACGCCGGUGGAGAAACUGGAGGAGGAGCGGCAGGCUUCUGAGCAAUCAGAGACCGUCAAACGCUACGAGGAGGAGCUGGAGAUCAACGACUUUCCACAGACGGCCAGGUGGAAGGUGACUUCCAAAGAAGCCCUACAGAGGAUUGGCGAGUACUCGGAAGCUGCCAUCACCAUCAGAGGAACCUACUUCCCUCCGGGCAAGGAGCCGAAAGAGGGAGAGCGCAAAAUCUACUUGGCCAUUGAAAGCGCAAAUGAGCUGGCUGUGACGAAGGCGAAAACCGAGAUUACACGUCUCAUCAAGGAAGAACUCAUCAGAUUACAAAACUCCUACCAGCCGACCAGUAAAGGACGAUACAAAGUGUUGUAA